AUGGUGCAAGUCUCUACUGAUAGCAACGGAUCCCUCGUCUACCCUCAUCGUCCAUGGCACUCCAGAGUUCCCUUUGUUUCCUCCAAAAGCUCCCCACCACGGGCGUCUCUGGAUGAUGCUGAUGUUUUGCCAGAAAAUACCGCGUCCUGGCUAUCGUACUGCACGUUCCAAUGGAUGACUCCUCUCCUAGCUACAGGCUAUGCACGACCCAUCGUAGCAGAGGACUUGUACGAUCUUGGCCAUGAACGUGCGGCGGAAAUGUUCGCCGAUCGGAUUACGCAGAGCUUUGAGAAAAGGGAGCUCGUAGCAAAGGCGUUCAAUCAUCGUCUGGACAUGGACGAGGUUGCACCACCACUUUACAAGUCAUUUUGGUGGGCCAUUACAGGCCAGAAAAAGGUUAAGCUGGCACAAUGGGCAACAAAGGCAAGGAAAGAGCCUAGUCUCGCGAUGGCCUGUAACGACGCAGUGUUUUUCUGGUUCUGGACUGGCGGAUUCUUUAGGCUCUUAGCAGAUGUUGGUACCAUACUGAGUCCUUUGAUUCUGAAGGCCAUUAUCGAUUUCGCAACCACUUCUCAAAAUGAUGUCUCUGACGAUUCCGGAAUUCCUUCUAUUGGGCCAGGCAUUGGUCUUUGUGUAGGGCUCUUCGCAAUUCUCAUCGUCAUCUUCCUCUGCAACGCCCAAGCAUAUUACCGGGGAUAUACCACUGGUGUCAUCCUCCGUGGAGCAUUAAUCCAUGCUCUUUUCAUCCGUGCUACCAAGCUCACGACUCGCUCUCGAUCUGCGGGUGGCUACACUAUAGGCAAAAUCACUGCUCUGAUCAGCGCUGAUGUAUCGCGGAUCGAUUUUUGCAUGCCUUAUUUCCAUAUGACGUUCACCGCUCCUGUGCAGAUGAUCAUCUGCCUCAUUAUCCUUUGUGUUAACCUUGGAUAUAGUGCUUUGCCUGGAUUUGCGUUUUUCGUCCUUGCGAGCCCAGCGCAAGGGAAGAUCACGAAGAGAUUAUUUGAGCUUCGAAAACGAAGUAUGAUCUGGACCGAAAAACGAAUCAAUAUACUACAAGAGUUGCUUGGGGGAAUGAGGGUCAUCAAGCUAUUUGCUUGGGAGCUCCCUUUUCUGGACCGUGUUGACAAAUUCCGAAAUCAAGAGAUGAAAUUUCUCCGUACACGUCUCAUGUGGCGUUCGAUUAAUAACGCAUUAGGCUUCGCUCUUCCAACUCUAGCUGCAGUUAUAUCUUUCAUUGUUUACGCGUCGACCGGACACGAGCUCGAGCCUGCCAUAAUUUUCUCUUCACUGUCGCUUUUUAAUUUGUUAAGGACACCAUUAACUUUCUUGCCUGUUGCCCUCUCAUCCGUAGCGGACGCUUACAAUGCCAUUCAACGUGUUCAAGCGCUCAUGAUGGCGGAAAUAGUGACUAAACCCCUUCGUAUCGAACCGAAUUUACCGAACGCUAUCGAAGUGAGGCGGUCGUCAUUUACCUGGUCGGAUACUGUUUCAACUUCCGCUGCUGCAGGCUCUACUCCGAAUGCCGGACUUGCGGCAAGGAAGGCGAUGGACAAUAUUUCGAAAGGGAAGAAUGACGAUCAGCAUAAUAAUAAUGAAAAGGCUUCGUCUACCACGUCGCCAGAUAAACGUUCGAGCCCGGCAUUUUCUUUGCACGAUAUCACUCUUACCAUUCCACGCGGUCAACUCUGUGCUAUCGUCGGUCCUGUCGGUGCAGGAAAGUCGAGUUUGCUGCAGGCAUUGAUAGGCAACAUGCCUGUGGUAGAUGGGCCUCUCAAAGAGGGGGAGAGUGAACAUAGGGGAGAGGUAGUGUUCGGUGAAAAGGUCGGCUAUUGUCCGCAAAUCCCAUGGAUUCAGAGUGCGACCAUCCGGGAUAAUAUCACAUUUGGACGGCCUUUCUUUGAGGAGAUGUAUUGGAGGGUUGUUGAGGCCGCAAGCUUGUUACCUGACUUUGCAAUGCUCGUGAAUGGCGAUUUGACGGAGGUUGGAGAGAAAGGUAUCUCCCUUUCCGGAGGCCAGCGUCAGCGUAUUUCCAUUGCCCGCGCGCUCUAUUUCGAAACUCCCAUCAUCCUGUUUGAUGACUCCCUUUCUGCGCUUGAUGCUCAUGUCGGACAAGCUGUGUUUACUGAUGCCAUUCAAAACAUGCUCAAAGGGAAGACAAGACUGCUUGUCACGCAUCAAUUACAUUUCUUGCCAUAUGUUGAUUGGGUGAUUUGUAUAGAGCAAGGGCAGGUCGUGGAACAAGGAACUGGGGUACUGGGACAGGAAGUUCAGACCGGAAAGUCCGACUCGGAGAUGGAAGAGAGGGACACACAGGAAGUGAAAAAUGAGCAAAAGGCAAUUGAUGAGGCGGCUGGUGAACGGGCUGAGCAAACUAAAGCAAAGCCCCAACAACAGAAGCUUAUGCAAAGCGAAGACAGGAACGUAGGGUCUGUCGAUAUUAAAGUCUACAUAGAGUUCCUGGAAGCCGGCGGUCUGGGGUACACAUUUCCUUUGUUUGUUGUUGCCGUAUGCUUCUUCCAGGGAUCUAGCGUGCUUAGUCCGUAUUGGCUCGUUUUCUGGGAGGAUGAAAAAUUUAACAUUUCCCGAGGAGCCUAUAUGGGUAUUUACGCUGUCCUGGGUUUUGCUCAGGCAUUUGGUCUCUUCUCCAUGGGAGCUGUAUUUGCUCUUUUUACAUUCAACGCUUCACAAGUUAUGCAUAGGCGCGCUCUGAGGCAGGUUGUGCACGCUCCCAUUGCAUUCUUCGAGUCACCCCUCGGCCGCAUCAUGAACCGUUUCAGCAAAGAUAUUGACACCCUCGAUAAUGUUCUCGGAGAGGCUUUGCGCCAGUUCCUGGGCACCGCUGUUCAAGUCAUCGGGUCUAUCGUCCUGGUGUCUAUCAUUCUCCCAUGGUUCCUCAUCGCCAUCGUCUUCAUUCUACUUCUGUAUUAUUAUAUCGCGAUAUUCUAUCGUGCUAGUGCCAGAGAGUUGAGGCGCAUAGAUGCAAUCCUCCGUUCACAAUUAUAUAGUCACUUCUCUGAGUCAAUGUCUGGUCUAUCGACAAUCCAGGCUUACGGGGAAACGGAAAGGUUCCAGAAGGAAAAUGCAGCUAGGAUCAACCUAGAGAACCGUGCUUACUGGCUCACUGUCACCAAUCAACGCUGGCUCAGUGUCCGACUCGACUUCCUAGGGUCUCUGAUGGUGUUUGCCGUUGCAAUACUCGCAGUCGGUACGAGGACUAGUAUAUCACCUGCGGAGACAGGGGUAGUCCUUUCCUAUAUGCUUGUGGUUCAACAGGCUUUUGGAUGGGCAGUACGGCAAAGCGCCGAGGUAGAAAAUAACAUGAACGCCGUUGAGAGGUUGAUUUACUAUGCGACUGAGAUUGAACAAGAGCCACCUCAUGAGAUACCGGAGAACAAACCCCCACCGGAAUGGCCCUUUGCUGGAGCAAUUGAGAUGAAAGAUAUUGUGGCGACGUAUCGACCUGGUUUACCCCCUGUGCUGCAAGGAAUAUCAGUCAAGGUAAACGGCGGAGAGCACGUAGGGAUUGUGGGCAGAACCGGAGCAGGGAAAUCGACUAUUACGAUGGCGCUGUAUCGAACGAUGGAGCUGCUAUCUGGUCAUAUUAAGAUCGACGGCGUCGAUAUCUCGCAUAUUGGUCUAAGAGACCUUCGCCGCGCACUCACCAUUAUUCCUCAAGAUGCGAUUUUGUUCAGUGGUGAUCUCCGAUCCAACUUGGAUCCAUUCGGCCAAUACGACGACGCCCGUCUGUGGGAUGCUCUUAGACGCUCGUAUCUCGUUGAACCAACCAAAUCCGGAACUUCUUCUCUAGGAAAAUCCACCGGAAUUGAAGAGGAGGAUAACACGAUAACGGAUUGUGGGUUAACACUGGAUAGCCGGAUUGAGGAGGGAGGAGCAAAUCUUUCUGUCGGGCAGAGAAGUUUAGUCAGUCUGGCGCGAGCAUUGGUAAAGGACUCAAAGAUUAUCAUCAUGGACGAGGCAACGGCUUCCGUCGACUUCGAAACGGAUCGCAACAUUCAAAAUACGGUGCUGUCUGAGUUUUCGCAGUGCACCUUGCUAUGUAUUGCACAUCGCCUGCGAACAAUUAUUGGGUAUGAUCGUAUAUGUGUUAUGGAGGAGGGGUUAGUGAAAGAAUUUGAUAAGCCAGAGGUACUUUGGAAGGACGAGCGAGGUAUAUUUAGAGGCAUGUGUGACCGGUCAAACAUUUCAAUUGGGGAUAUUCGAGCUGCUAGGAAACAGAGUCUUGCGUGCUCUGGCGCAGAUGAUAUUGGGACGAUGGUUUGUGGCUCUUUCUGA